AUGGCUCCCCAACCUCACCAGGAGCCGGACCCGCUCGAUGUCUUGCAGAAUAUGGUCAACGAUGUCCUGGUACAUACUGGGAAGGCCCUCAGAGCUUCCCGCAAGGAUGCUCAAGGUAGUACGCAGUCUACUCAGUCAACCCUCAAGUCCAAGCUGCCCGAGUCUAUUGACGGUUUCCGGGAAGCCUUACACAAGCUCGAGUGGGAUAUUAUCGAUGCCAAGUCUGUUCUCAUGCGUGAUGUCAAGCGCCUGCAAGAACAGAAACAGCAGCAGAUUCAGCAAAGUCAACCUACUCCUGUAUCCCAACCGCAACCAGUUGAACCUCAGUCCAAAUCUCCCAUGGUCAUCGACCUUGAAUCAUCACCUCCCCCUCCCCCUCAGGAUCAGCAUAUGACAGAGAUUAAGACCAACAAACCAGUCGCCCCCUUUCCCGACAUGGGCAUGGGGCUUCCCGAUAUCGGCCAACCUAUCAGUGUGCCGAAUGAUGAGACCAUCUCAUCUGUAAUCCCAAGUACUAGGCCUGAACAAACCAACUCAAAGACAAUUUCUCCUGCUGCCCCGACUUCAGCUCCAGCUGCCACCGCUCCGAUGGCUCCUAUGCCGAUCAUGGAGCACAAGGCUGUGGACAACCAAAACAAUAACGUGACAGACCUUACCGGCGACGGGCCGCAUUCAGAACUCAACUUUACAAAUAUGCAGUUCACGCUGGCUCUGACAAACAACGACUCGCAAAACACUUCUAAUUCUCAGGAACCUGCUUUUGACCUUGCAACUUUUGCUCCCCCAGAGGGUAAUGAUGAUAUACUAGGUCUGGACGACAUCCUGCCCACCAACAACGCUUCUCAGACAAAUGGCAUCUCGCAACUGCCUGCUGGAUCUGCCGAUAACGUAUCCAAGCGAGAUCUGCCAAUGGAUACAGACAAUCUGGGAGCCUCACAGGAAAUGUCAAACAAUAACUAUGAUUCUGUUUUUGAUGACGAGAUUUUCGGUGGUCUCGGCACAGGCGACGGUCUCGCCGAUGGAACUGACGACAUUACUUUUGAAUCCCUGAUGAACGAUCGGGACGAUGACAACCUAAACUAUGGCGAAUUCGAUGACACUUUUCUCCUCGAGAGUAUAUAG